AUGGGGAGAUUUUGGGGGGUUUCCGGGCCCCCCAGGGCCGCCUGGGCGCGGGCGCGGGCGCUGCUGCGGGCGGGGGGGGGGCCCAGCGCGGCCGCCCUGGGGGGCCUCGAGGACGCCGCCUUCGUCAUCGCCUUCGACCCCUCCCCCCACGGGGAACCCCCCAAAAACGGGGACCCCCCCAAAAACGGGGACCCCCCCCCUGAGGAGCGAGACCCCCCCCGGGACGGGGACCUGGACGUGGAGGCCAAGGCGCUGCUGAUGGGACCCCCCCACAACCGGUGGUUCGACAAGUCGCUGACGUUGGUGGUGUUCCCCUCGGGGCGCGUCGGGCUCAGCGUGGAGCACUCGUGGGGAGACCCCCCCGUGGCCGGGCACCUCUGGGAGUUCGCGCUGGCCCUGGACCGGUCCCUGGGCUACGACGAGUCCGGGAGCUGCCUCGGGCAGGGCCAGGGCCGGGCCCCGGAGCCCCCCCAGGAGCUGCACUGGGAGCUCCCCCCGCAGGUUUCGGGGGUGCUGCCCCAGGCCCGGGAGCAGUUCCAGGCCAUGGCCGAGGGGCUCCAGCUCCACGUGGUGUCGGUCGAGUGCCCCCCGGGACCCCCCGGGACCCCUGAGAACGCCCAGGAGCUGCUGGCGCUGGCGCUGGAGCUGGCGCUGGUCAGGGAGCGCGGCCCGGCCCUCACGUACGAGCCCAUCCCGACGCGCCUUUUCCUCGAGGGCCGCGCCGACGGCGCCCGCGGCGUGGGGCGCCCCCUGCUGGAGCUGGAGCGCGCCCUGCGGGACCCCCAAACCCCCGAGCGCGGCCCGGCCCUCACGUACGAGCCCAUCCCGACGCGCCUUUUCCUCGAGGGCCGCGCCGACGGCGCCCGCGGCGUGGGGCGCCCCCUGCUGGAGCUGGAGCGCGCCCUGCGGGACCCCCAAACCCCCUUGGGGGCAGGGGGCGGAGCCUCACCCGCAGGCCCCUCCCAGCCCGGGCGCCGCCGGGCGCUGUUGGAGGCGGCGCUGGCGCAGGCGCGGGGGCGGCGCCGGGCGGCCAUGACGGGGGCGGGGCUGGAGCGGCACCUGCAGGCGCUGGCGGCCGUGGCCAAUCAGAUGAGGCUCCGCCCACCUUUCCUCACAGAGGUGCUGGGGCAGCCCUGGGCUCUGGCCUUUAGCCCCGCCCCCCGGCCACACCCCCCUCUGCUGCCCCACCCCCUGCGGCCUGCGGGGGGGGGCUUCAACCCGCCCCACCAGGACGGUUACGGCGUUUCCUUCGUGGGGGGAGGGGACGGCCCCGCCCUGGUGCACAUCUCGUGCCGGGAGCGCUCCCCCAAAACCAUGGCGGCGCGGCGCCGCUCCGGCUCCUCCCGCGGCGCCAAUCGCGACAGGCCCCGGCCCCGCUGUCGCGACAGGGAACCCGCGGAGCCCCCGGGCCGCGUUUACGUGCCCGGGACGGGCCCGGCGCUGGGCCCCGAGGAGGAGCUGGUGAUGGAUGAGGAGGCGUACGUGCUCUACCACCGAGCCGGCACCGGCUCGCCGUGCCUGAGCUUUGACGUGCUGCGGGACGCGCUGGGCGAGGGCCGGGAGCAGCUGCCGCUGUCGGUGCUGCUCUGCGCCGGCACCCAGGCCGAGACCCCCGGCAGGAACCGGGUGCUGCUGAUGCGGAUGCAGAACCUGCACGGGCUGCGGCGGGGGAAGGACAGCGACAGCGAGGAGGAGGAGGAGGAGGAGGAGGAUGAGGAGGAUGAAGAAGAGCGGGAGCCGCAGCUGCUGCUCCUCAUGGCCCCCCACUACGGGGGGAUCAACAGGCUGCGGGUGACGUCCCUCGGGGGGUCCCCGGUGGCGGCCGUGUGGUCGGAGCGGGGCCAGGUGGAGGUGCUGGAACUGGGGAGGGCCCUGGGGGUCCUGGAGGGGCCAUUUGGGGAGGGGGAUUCCAGGAGGGGGCAGAGGAGCGUGCAGCAGGGAGCUCUGCCCGAGCUCGCCACCUUCAGCGGACACCUGGACGAAGGGUUCGCGCUGGACUGGAGCCCACAGAGCCCAGGCCGGCUGCUGUCCGGGGACGUCCGCGGGCGCGUCCAUCGCUGGGAGCCGCGCGAGGCCGGCUGGGCCGUGGACCAGCGGCCGCUGCUCGGGCACAGCGGCAGCGUGGAGGACAUCCAGUGGUCACCCAGCGAGGCCUCGGUGUUCAUCUCGUGCUCCUCGGACGCCUCCAUCCGCGUGUGGGACGUGCGGGCGCCGCCGCCCCGCGCCUGCCAGCUGAGCGUGGCCUCGGCGCACGACGGCGACGUCAACGUUCUGUCCUGGAGCCGGCGCGACGCGGCCGCGCUGCUCAGCGGCGGCGACGACGGCGCCCUGCGCCUCUGGGACCUCCGCAGCAUCCGGAGCAGCUCCGCCUGCGUGGCCACCUUCAAGCAGCACCGCGGGCCCAUCACGUCGGUGCAGUGGCACCCGGCCGAGAGCGGCGUGCUGGCGGCCGCCGGCGAGGACGACCUGGUGACGCAGUGGGACCUGGGCGUGGAGCGGGACCCCCAGGCCCCGGGGGAGGAUGAGGAGGGCGAGGAGGGGCUGUCGGAGCUGCCCCCGCAGCUGCUGUUCCUGCACCAGGGAGAGAAGGAGGUGAAGGAGCUGCACUGGCACCCGCAGUGCCCGGGGCUGCUGCUCUGCACCGGCCGCCACGGCAUCGCCGCCUUCCGCACCAUCAGCGUCUGAAAUGGGGGCAGAAAGGGAUCCGGGGGGGUCGGAGCGGGACGGCUCGGAAAUGAGGAGUCAACUUCUGCAGGGGGUGGGGGUUCCCCAAAAACGGGGGUGGGAAAGGCGGGAAUGGGGCUGGAAUUGCGCUCGGAAUGGGAAUGGGACAGCCCCAAAAAUGAGGAUUAAACAUCCCCAAAAUGGGGGUGAGAGUUCCCCCAAAAGGGGGUUGGAAAGGCGGGAAUGGGGCUGGAAUCCCACUUGGAAUGGGGAUGAAGCAGUUUGGAAAAUGAGGAUUAAACAUCCCCAAAAUGGGGGUGGGGAAGGGCUGAAGUGGGGACGGGACAGCCCCAAAAAUGAGGAUUAAACAUUCCCAAAAUGGGGGUGGGAAGGGCUGGAAAGGGGCAGGAAUGGGAAUGAGACAGUUUGGAAAAUGAGAAUUAAACAUUCACAAAACGAGGGUGGGAAUUCCCCCCAAGAUGGGGGUGGGAAUUUGGGGAAGGAUCCCCUCAAAACGAAGCCGGAGCAGCCCCAAUUUGGGGGCGACCCUGCCCAAAAAACGUGGAGGCGUCACCUCAACCCCGAUGUCCCAAAAUCCCGAGGCUCCGACUCCCCUUCCUCAUCCUCCCCGUGACGCACAGAAACCAAAA